AAGAAAAAGAAAGUAAUUUUUGAAGAAGAAUCUUCUAGCGAUAAAGAAAUACCUGUAAAGAAAACUACUAAAAAGAAAGAAGAACCAAAAGAAGACCUGAUGGAACAAUUAGUAAAACAAUUUGAAGAAUUGAAAAUUAAAAUAGUAAAGAUUGAAAGAUCUCAAAAUAAUAGUAUUGAAUGUUACAAUUGUGGAAAGAGAGGUCACUUUAAAAAGGACUGUAGAAGUUCAAGAAGAAAUAACAAUGAUAAUUAUGGAUUUAACAAUGGUAAUAAUAAUUUUAGCAGAAAUACUUAUCAAAAUAAUAAUACAAAUAAUAAUAAUCAACAAGAAAAUAGAACAAAUCAAAAUGAAAAUGGAAGAAGGAACAAUAAUCAAUACAAUAACAGAAAUCAAUAUAAUAACAGAAAUCAAUACAAUAACAGAAAUCAGAAUCAAGAUAAUAAUAAUCAAAAUAACACCCCUAUUAAUUUUAUAAGUAUUGAAGAAACUGAUGAAUAUAAUACCGAUAAAGAAACAGAAGAAAUUACAUCACUAUUAAAUGAAAACUUUGACAGUUUUGGAAAUUUAAAAAGAAGAACUGUAGAACCAGAAGUAAUUUAUGAUUAUAAAACUGAUCCAAAAAGAAAAAGGAGAGAGAAUAAAAAUCUUGGACCAGAACCAAUGGAAUGGUCACCAAAUAAAAAUAAAAAGAAAACAAUAAAAUCUCCUGAAAAGCUAUAUAAAGAAAGAAAACAACCAGAAUUAUUGAAAGGAUCUGAAUUCAACUUAAUAAAGAAACUACAAGAACAAAAAUUAGAAAUUACAUUACUACAAUUAUUAAAAAUUAGUUCACAAGAAAGAAAGAAAUUGUUAAAAUCCUUUCUUUGUUCUAAUUUUAAUUCUCCUACUUUAAAUUCUUCAGGUUUUACAACAUAUCUAUCUGAUGAUGAUUCUCUUAUUUCUAGUUCCUCUUCCAAAUCACUUUCUUCAUCAUCUAUCUCAUCCAAGUGUGGUCAAUCCUGUUUUGAUUUAUAA